UCAUGUUGUUCGCGAGCAUCAAUUCAGAAGAGACUCUGCGCAGACCUACGCAUCUUCAUAUCCUAUGGAUGGGCUAGAAAACGCCCAUCCUCCAAACGGUGCAUCCACGUAGACUUUAGCAGAUCUGCGCAGUUGCUGCUUUAAACUAGUGCUCAUGAAGGUACAUACAGCUCUCUCAAAAACAGUGCCAUCCACCCAUCCACGGAUGAUCUCUGUACCACAAUUGUCGUGAAGAGGCAAUUUCUGUAUUAUCCUUACUGAACGAACAACAUUAUUAAAGAGUCACAGGUUGAAUUUUACUAAGCUUAUAGCUAAUAUAUGCACUGUAUGUGCAUACAGAUACGUUGCUGCGUGUUCUUUCUCAGGCUAAACCUUUUGGACAGCUUGCAAUUUGGCAACAUAUUUUUUAAAGCUAUAUAUAUUUUUCUACCAUAAUAAGUGAGGUUCUUUAGCAUAUGGGUGACAGGAUGCAAAAGAGACGGAAGCCUGAACCGAUCCAGCUCAACCCAAUUCCUGAUGGAAACACUAUCAACGGAACCAGCGCUACGGAGACAAAUCUGGAGGCUCUGCAGAAGAAGCUGGAGGAGCUUGAGCUGGACGAGCAGCAGCGGAAGCGGCUGGAAGCCUUCCUUACCCAGAAGCAGAAAGUAGGCGAGCUGAAGGAUGAUGACUUUGAAAAGAUCUGUGAGCUGGGAGCUGGCAAUGGUGGGGUGGUCUUCAAGGUCUCACACAGACCCUCUGGACUCAUCAUGGCCAGGAAGUUGAUCCACUUGGAAAUUAAACCGGCGAUCAGGAACCAGAUCAUCCGUGAGCUGCAGGUGCUGCAUGAGUGUAACUCCCCCUACAUCGUGGGCUUCUACGGGGCCUUCUACAGCGACGGAGAGAUCAGCAUCUGCAUGGAGCACAUGGACGGGGGCUCCCUGGAUCAGUCAUUGAAGAAAGCAGGAAAGAUCCCAGAGCAGAUCUUGGGCAAAGUCAGCAUUGCUGUGAUCAAAGGCCUGUCCUACCUGAGAGAGAAGCACAAGAUCAUGCACAGAGAUGUCAAGCCAUCCAACAUCUUGGUGAACUCUCGUGGAGAGAUCAAGCUCUGUGACUUUGGCGUGAGUGGUCAGCUCAUCGACUCCAUGGCCAACUCCUUUGUAGGCACACGCUCCUACAUGUCUCCGGAACGACUGCAAGGAACACACUACUCGGUCCAGUCUGACAUCUGGAGCAUGGGGCUCUCCCUGGUGGAGAUGGCCAUAGGACGAUUCCCCAUCCCGCCCCCCGACGCCAAGGAGCUGGAACAGAUCUUUGGCUUCCCAGUGGAGGGUGAUGCGUCGUCCAGCGAGGCCCACAAACCAAGGUCUCCGGGCAGACCAGUCAGCUCAUACGGACCAGUAGACAGUAGACCUCCCAUGGCUAUUUUUGAGCUGCUUGACUACAUUGUCAAUGAGCCACCACCUAAGCUACCAGGCAUCUUUGGUUCUGAAUUUCAAGACUUUGUUAACAAAUGUUUAAUAAAGAACCCGGCAGAAAGAGCAGACCUGAAACAGUUGAUGGUCCACCCCUUCAUCAAGCAGUCAGAGGCAGAAGAGGUGGACUUUGCAGGCUGGCUGUGCACCACCAUCGGCCUAAACCAGCCCAGCACCCCCACCCACAGUGUGGGAGUGUGAGCCUAAAGACAGGCUGUGCUGCUCAUCGCUCCAGGCGGCCCAUCUUGGCAAUCGCCAACGCUUCUCAAUGUUUUUCCACGUUUUUAAAAGGAAGGUCUCUGUCACUCUGCCAUAGCAAAUCACUGCCUCUUUGUUUGAUGUGUGAGAUGAGUGAUCUCUUGUAAAGUGCAGGGCUUCUCAACCUCCUGGAUGGUACUGGCUGACCAGUAUUCAAAAAUUGAGAACUUGACCUCAAAGAAUAGCAGUUCUUUGGAUCAAGGCAGACAUGACUAGUUUCCAUUUUGACAAAGACAAAGUAAUAGCAUUCAAACAUGGGGAUGAGAACCCAGGGUGUGUGGCCUGGUCUAUAUUCAAAAUAAAGUGCUCAUUGAAAAACCUGCAGAAGCCAGACUAAGAAUCAGUCUGGAAAUCUGCAAUUGUUCAAGUACAGCUUUUCUUUUAAAACUGCAUGGCUAAAUGGGUUUCAGCCUUUUGAACAUGCUUUGGUUUGGCUUCAAGGUGCAAUGGUUGAGACUCACUGCUCUAGCUAUAUGGUCUGCUGUAUAGCAUGCUGUUACUUAUCAUCCUGGUAGUCUUCAGAACUUCAUUCUCCCUUCAACAGACCCUGAGACAGCUGCUCUUAAGGAUAUAUUAUAAAACUGUAAAGCAACUUGUGUACUUGAUUAAUGUUUUGCUAUUUUGAAGAAAAUAUCAUGCAAAUUUUAACAUUUAAUGUCGUAUAAUAAAUUGAUGGUUUAUCAA